CUAACAUUUCUUCUGAAAAGAGCAAAAGAAGGUUGAUAAGAAACAAAUGGAAGAAGAGAAAGGAAUGGGAGACAUGAGGGUGAAAGAAGGCUACACACAAGAUGGUACGGUGGAUCUUAAAGGUCGACCUAUCCUUCGAUCAAAGGGUGGAAGAUGGAAGGCAUGCUCUUUCACUGUAGGGUAUGAGUUGUUUGAGAGGCUGGCAUUUUUUGGAGUCCUCACGAAUUUGGUGGUCUAUUUAUCAACUAGACUACAUGAAGGUACUGUUAAAUCAGCAAACAAUGUGACCAACUGGAUCGGUACGACAUGGAUGUUAUCUAUCCUAGGUGCUUAUGUCGCAGACACCUAUCUUGGACGAUAUUGGACAUUUGUUGUCUCAUCUGCUGUUUACUUUGCGGGAAUGUGCCUCUUAUUUUUGUCGGUUACAUUACCUGCAUUGAAGCCACCGAUAUGUGGACCUGGAGUACUUCCCCAAGACUGUAAUGACCGACCUUCGUCUUUCCAAGUCGGCAUCUUUUAUGCUGCGCUUUAUAUAAUGGCAUUAGGAAACGGCGGAACCAAGUCAAACAUCUCAGCAAUAGGUGCAGACCAAUUCGACGUUUAUGAACCCAAAGAGAAGGCUCAAAAGUUAUCCUUCUUUAAUUGGUGGAUGUUUACCAUAUAUCUUGGGCAACUCUGUGCAAACACUGUUAUUGUUUACAUACAAGACAACGUUGGUUGGUCCCUUGGGUACGGCCUUCCUACAAUUGGAUUAGCCAUUUCAACUAUAGUCUUCUUGGUUGGAACCCCUUUUUACAGGCACAAGGUCCGGUCAGGAAGUCCUUUCACUCAUAUGGCUAUGGUUCUUGUUGCUGCUUUGAGAAAAUGCAAAGUUCCCUUACCAGAUGAACCUAAAGAUCUCUAUGAACUGAAACCUGAUGAAUAUGCCCGUGCCCAGAAGCGCAGAAUUGACCACACUCCUUCGUUGAGGAUACUUGAUAAAGCGGCUGUGAAGACUGGUCUAAGCAGCCCCUGGAGACUCUGCCCGGUGACACGAGUAGAAGAAACCAAACAGAUGAUAAAAAUGAUACCUGUUUUGAUUGUUACUUUUGUUCCAGCCAUGGUGAUGGCCCAAGUAAAUACACUUUUUAUCAAGCAAGGUAUCACCUUAGAAAGAAGCCUGGGUCAAAAUUUUGACAUUCCUCCAGCAUGUCUUGGAGUGUUCGUUACACUCUCAAUGUUGGUUAGUAUUGUAAUCUACGACUGUUACUUCGUGCCAUUAGUUCGACGGUACACAAAGAAUGCAAGAGGGGUAACAAUUUUACAAAGAAUGGGAAUUGGCAUAGUUUUACAUAUUAUGGUCAUGCUGACGGCCUUCUUAAUGGAAAGGAAAAGAUUACAGGUGAUAAAGGACAACGGUAUUACUGGUAAAAGUGUGAUUGUUCCUCUACCUAUUUUUAUACUACUACCGCAAUAUGUUUUGAUGGGGGUAUCUGCCUCAUUUUUCCUAGUUGCGAACCUUGAGUUCUUUUACGAUCAAGCACCAGAAAGCAUGAAAAGUAUUGGGACAUCGUACUACACAAGCAGUCUAGGAAUUGGACAGUUCCUUAGUAGUUUUCUUCUAAAAACCGUGGCAAAUAUCACGGAGCGUCGCGGCACAGGAUGGAUACUGGAUAACAUUAAUUUAUCUCAUUUGGAUUACUAUUAUGCGUUUCUAGGGAUAUUGAGCUUUCUCAAUCUUAUGUUGUUUUUAGUAUUUACUAAAUGGUAUGUAUAUAAGGUCGAGCCAGAAUCAGAAGAAGAAUAGAAAGUGAUAGGCCGUUGAAGUUGGUGAAAAAGGCAAUUUCACUGGAAAUGUAAAUCCAUAUCUCGUGGUAUUUCUGUAUCUAUUUCUUAAUCUGUUGUUGUCUUCGAUAAGCAUCUUGGUCGUUUAGUCUUGUACACAUA